CUUCUGAGCUCCGGAGCCUCGGAGGGCCGCCGCAUCCCCUUGCCCCGCGGCCGCGAGCAGCGCGCCCGGCCCCGCACUCGUCGGCCCGCCCAGCGUCAGGCGGCGGCGCGGCCCAUGCGGCUGGGGGCGGAGGCCGGAGCGGGCGCGGGCUGGGCGUCUCAGGUGCGGCUGGCGGCCCGGAGAGGUGAGGGGGCGGCGGCGCGGCCCGGCCCGGCCCGGUGAUUGGCCGCCGGCUGAGGGCAGCGGGGCGGCCUGGAGGCGUCCCGGGCGGGGAGCAGCCGGCGGAGCAUUCCGCGAGCGGCGCCGGCAAGAUGCUGCUGUCCCUGGUGCUCCACAUGUACUCGAUGCGCUGCGUGCUGCCGGCCGCCGUGCUCCUGGGCACUGCCCCCACCUACGUGCUGGCCUGGGGGGCCUGGCGGCUGCUGUCCGCCUUCCUGCCCUCCCGCUGCUACCAGGCGGUGGACGACCGGCUCUACUGCAUCUAUCAGAGCAUGGUGCUCUUCUUCUUCGAGAACUACACCGGCGUGCAGAUAUUGCUGUAUGGAGAUUUGCCAAAAAAUAAAGAAAAUAUAAUAUAUUUAGCAAAUCAUCAAAGCACAGUGGACUGGAUUAUUGCUGAUAUUUUGGCCAUCAGGCAGAAUGCUCUUGGACAUGUCCGCUACGUGCUGAAAGAUGGGUUAAAGUGGCUUCCGUUGUAUGGGUGUUAUUUUUCUCAGCACGGAGGGAUCUAUGUAAAGCGAAGUGCCAAAUUUAACGAAAAGGACAUGAGAAACAAGCUGCAGAGGUACAUGAACGCAGGAACUCCAAUGUAUCUAGUGAUUUUUCCAGAGGGAACAAGGUAUAAUCCAGAACUAACAAAAGUCAUUUCAGCUAGUCAAACAUUUGCUGCUCAAGAAGGCUUUGCAGUAUUAAAACAUGUGCUGACACCAAGAAUAAAGGCAACUCAUGUUGCUUUUGACUCUAUGAAGAAUUAUUUAGAUGCAAUUUAUGAUGUGACAGUGGCUUUUGAAGGGACUAUUGAUGAUAAAGGACAGCGGAAAGAAGCACCGUCCAUGGCCGAAUUUCUUUGCAAAGAAUGUCCAAAAAUUCAUAUUCACAUUGAUCGUAUAGACAAAAAAGAUGUCCCAGAAGAACAAGCAUUUAUGAGAAGAUGGCUUCAUGAGCGUUUUGAAAUUAAAGAUAAGUUGCUUAUAGAAUUUUAUGAUUCAGUGGAUCCAGAAAGAAGAAACAAAUUUCCUGGAGAAAGUGUUAAUUCUAAAUUAAGUCUCAAAAAGACUUUACCAUCAUUAUUGAUCUUAAGUGGUUUGACUGCUGGUAUGCUUAUGACCGAGGCUGGAAGGAAACUCUAUGUAAGAACGUGGAUUUAUGGAACCUUAAUUGGCUGCUUGUGGGUUAGUAUAAAAGCUUGAGCAGUAGCUGUCUGCAGGCAGUGGGAUGUGCUCCGUGGUUCAGUGUUGGCAGCCACGCCUUCCAUCAAAUUGUUUCCUGAUUUUAAUAAGAAGUGUAAAUAAAGGCUUGUUGAUUGAACAUUGGGUAAAAUAGAAUUUCUGAUUAAAGCCGGCAUGCAGAUGGUCUUGGGCAAGCAUACAUGGUUUUACAACUUUGUUACAGAAGCUGCUGGAAAGGGGAAAGCUAAACAGUUUUUGCUAUACUUGGCAUUUCCUAUGAACUAAUGUCAUCUUCAGAAGACUAUUAGGAUUGUAUAAUUUGUUUUUGUUUUGUAAUUCAGAUAGCUGCAUUCAUGAACAUUAAUUCGCGUAUAUUUCACUGUAUUUGUUACUUUCAGUUUUUUUACAACUUUGACUAGUCCAGCAUUUAUCACUAAAGUAUUUAGUAUCUUGGAGCUAUGUAAUAUUUUGCUUUCUGCUUAAUUUCUCCAAGUGAGUGAAAGAAAUUGUAUGUAAGUAUCAAGAAGGAUACUUACGGAAAAGGGCAAGAAAUUAUCCAUGGGGAGGAAGCUCUGGUUAGCGCCUGCUUUUGUUGUACUGCAUUAUUAGCUGAUUUUACUUUAUAUUUGCAGAGUAAUUAACAUUUCUAAUAUUUAUUGAAACAGCUAAAUUUGCACACCCUGUAUUGUCUACAAAAGAAUAAUGUAUAAAAUAUGAGAAUUAAGUUUAAGUUAGAAUUGUGACCCUGAUUCAUUGUAGCAGAACUUUACAUUGCCCGGUUUUUGAAGAGUUAAGCUAAGCUCUUAGUACUUCCCAACAUCUGUGCCAUAACUACUUGAAAACCUUCAGGUUUCCUGUUAUUUUUUUAUAUCAAAAUAAUCAGUGUGAACCUUUGUUGGACCUGAGUCCACAGAUAUUUGAGGUGAUGGGAGCCUCCAGACGUCUGACUAGAUGUACUAGCACGUGCCUUUGCUUGUUACUCUUGAGUUUAGCACAACAUUUAGUUCGGAAGUCGUUUUUUUUCUCACGUCAUCACAGUCCGUUUCCACUGUGUUUGGAUUCUCUUCCUUUGGACGACUAUCCGCCUGCUGCCCGGCGCCUGGCACAGGACACGCGCACGCGCAGGAGGGCUCUGAGCCAGCCGGUGUCUGUCCCGCCGCAGGGCGGGCCCUUGGGAGCUCUCGCCGGCGGCCCUGCUGGUGCGCCACAGGCGGUUUGCGCCGGGCUCAUGUCAAGACAUCGACCUUCCACGAGCCAGGGAGAUUGAAUCCAUCACCUGAAUGAAUUUGUUUAGUUCUCAGUACUUUUAAUGGGGCUACACAAUGAAUCCAUAUCACCUCUGAACAAGAGCGCUGUUUGAGCAAACAGAUCACCCGACUCAGUUUUCAGUCACGAAAUAAUGGAUGUGCAAGAGGAUGACCUUUUUUGGAUCUGCUCAGUGUUGAUGUUACAACUUCAGCUUGAUUGCCUACCAGUCCUUUAGGAUAACAUUUCUGCUUCAUGGAUUUUUGUUGCAAAAUUGUAUCUGUGCCCCAGAUGAAACACACCAGCUGAAUCAUGAUGAACAAAAUGAAAAUAAUAAAGAAAGGAAAUUUCGUCCAAGUUUUUCUCCAGACCCAGAGAGCAGGCCAUGUCAGACAGCACCUUGCACCGCUGGGUAGUGUGAGUUGUCCGUGUACAAUAGUGUGAGUGUGUGUACACACAUCCCCACAGGACACAGCGGCCUAAUUAUGCACGGCAGUGUGGGUCACACUUCUGAAAAUUGUUUUCAUGCCAAAUUGUCAUUUUCUCUUACUUGUAAAGUGAAAUUUAAAUCCAUCCCAUGUCUUUGUCAAUAUAUUUUUUUUUAACAAUCCUAAAGUUAGAACCUGUUUCUAAAUAGAUCAAAGUAUAUGUAAGUUGGGCAACUUACUUUGAAUAUCAUGGAUAUGCUCUAAAUUUCAAUUUUAAGUAGUAGUACAUUGGAAUUAUGUUGAUUAUAACUGAUUUUAAGAAGUCACAGUGAACUGCAUAAGAUCACUUUGAACAUCUUAUUUCUUAUGAACAUACUUAUAUUCUCAUAGAAGUUCUAUAAAAUAUAUUUGUUGGUUUAAAAAUUUUGUAUCAAAAUAUUUGGAAAAUUAGAAGCUUCUUUUUAACAUGUGCUGAUAUGACUUGAAUUAUUAUUUCCUAAAAUUAAGAGCCCUGGAUCUACCUGUAAAUCUCUUCACAUAUCAUUUAAGCCUAUGUUUAUGUUAUUCUCAUUAUUGAUUUGCAGCUUAGUUAUUACUUGUUUUCUUUAUAAGAAUGCCAUCAAUGUGCAUGCUUUUAUGUUUUCCAGAAAAGGGUGUGUUUGGAUGGAAGUAAAAGAAAAAAAUAAAAUCUUUCACUGUC